AUGGACAUCAAGCCGCAUUCCGCGAAACUGCGCUGUUCAAAAGCUGAUUUCUACUCUUUGGCAGCAUCUAUCGACUCUGCGAUGCAUGUAGAGACUGAUUUCCACAAAUUCCAUCGAGGGUCUGCCGCCAGCGCUCGAUAUCGUGAGGAUAUGGCGCUGAAAGUUCGCUUGGACCGAGCUUCUAAAGUUCUGACAGAUGCCAUAACUUGUACGUCCCAGGGCAGCGCACAGAUGUUUAAUUCCCGCCUUCUCGUCCUCGUCGUCCUCGCAUCUGGUAUUGUCUCUGCGUUGAAGACUGAUCACACGGAAGUGGUUGGCAUUGCCACUUGCACGUCCACUGUGAACGGCGUCAGCGUACAGUGUGAAGCUCUCCGGGUCAGAGACCAUAUUGGCGGAGAGACACCUCACCAUUGUCCCCUAUCGGACCGUCAUGAAUCACUGAGACCGUGUCCCUGUGAUGUUUCUCCAAGCCCCGGAACGAUCGGGUCUCCGCAAUCGCCGUGCGGAUGCCAAAGUCACGAGCCCGGGCUUCCCGCUGGAGUCGUCGCAAUUGCCCUCAACGAUGACGCCCAUCAAGUCGGCUUCCGUACCAUGCACGAUCAGAACAGCGAUUGCUUGAAUCUCAGAUCGAAGGCUUCGACAGUCGAAGUAAUCGAAAUGCACGAUUCGGUGCUGCUCAUUUUCCCACAGAGAGACUGCUUCGGCAUUCCUCAGAGGUUCACCUCAACCGGGAGAUCGCAGCUGAUUAGGAGCGGGGAAGGAUUGAGUUGGAUGAGCGUCAAGGAACCCCCGCAGGACCACUACGUCGGUGUCGCUGCAGUCGCGACAGCUGAUAAUGGUCAUGCCGUUGGAUACCACAAGAUGGAGGAUCCUAGCUUGGAGUGCCAGGACUUCGAGGGAGAGGCUUUCGAUGCCAAUAUCGUCGAGACGCGGCACUCGGUGCUGAGGGUGUACGCGGACAAGGGGUGUCGAGGUCCAGCCGAGACUUUCCAUUUUCUCGGUCAUCAUCCCUUGAGAUAUGGAGCGUGGAGCUGGAAGAGCAUCUCCCUGCCUGGAAAUCACCCUGUCUCCGAGGUUGUAGAACUCAGGGGUGACUGUUCGGACACUCAUUGUCACUGCAGCAAGUACUGCACCAGUACCGGGCACAGCGAGAGCGAGCAACUCCCUGCACAGGCGCAGGCGGAGCCGACUCCGAUUCUGGUGGUUUAUACCCAGUGCUAG